AUGCGAUACUCUGAUAGUACCUACGAAGAUGAAUUUGGGCUAGAAGACUCUGCAAACAUCCUCUCUGUCAGCAUAGUCUCCUCAGAUGUAGGCUUCCCAGUCAAUGUCUAUGGCCGUGUCAUUGCCAGAGACAGCAUUGACUACAAGUGCAUUUAUCUCUUUCACCGCAAUAGAGAUGAUUGCCAGCGUCUCAACAAGGAUGGAAUGCUGAUUUUAACUGGCCCAAGUCGAGGUCUAGUGCUGGUUGAUUUCAUCUAUCUAGAGAUAGAUCUUAAAAUCAGGGAAGAUGGAGUGUCUCCAGACAGGCCAUUUAGCAAGGGUCUAAUAAGUAUUGAUGGCCGAGUACUGUCUAGAGAGGAAGAUGUCGUGGUUAGAAGUGAAACCCUUGAGAGCUGGCUCAGCACUACGGAAGUGAGAUUCGCAACUGUUCUCAACGCAGUUGAGUGCACCAUUGAAAUCAAGCUUCUUGAGGGCCGUUUCAAAGGAAAUAUAAUAGUUGGCAUCUCAGAUAAAGUUCGCAAUCUGGACACUGAACAAACAAUUGUGAUUCAUGAUAGCAAGACAGAUGGCAUGGUGACAAGUGAUCAAAUUGGAGUUAUCAAACUCCGGCGAAGUGUCAUUACUAUCUGUCUAGAAAGAAUGCUGGUGUUUCACAUGAAUAAUAAUAUGGCUGCUGGUAUUUGUGGUGAACGAACCUUUGAUUUAACUCCACGCCGCACUGGUGCAGAUGAAUUGGAAAUUACGUGUGGUGCUGGGAAGUUCGGAUUCAGGGUCGUCUGGUCCUUGAUGGACUUUAGGCUGUAA